GUAGUCCUCAACUCGCACGUCCUUACGGCCUUCCACUCUCCAUCUCCAAAGCAAAGGCCAGCUUUGCUGUUAAUUAAUGGCGCUCUCCUUUCCAUUUCCCUCCAAACCCCGUUUUCCCCUCCAUUUCCACUCGCUUCCUCCUACCAACAAAUCCCCACCCCCUUCCUUUUUCCUCCACUGCUCAAAAUCUUCUUUUUCUGAGAAUUCCGACGAUGGUGAAAAAGACGGCCAAACCGAGGUGCCCAAGAGGCUCUCCAAGCAGUCCUCGUGGGAAGCUAAGGACUCGGAGGGGAAGGACUAUCUCUACAGGCUCGGUAAAGAGGCUGAUAACAUGAAUAUCGCGGUCGGAGCUCGGGCUGGCGUCAUCGAUGACCUCUUUGCCGGCAAUUUUCUUGGACGAGACUCGGAUAUUGUGUUCGAUUACCGCCAGAAAGUGACGAGGUCGUUUCAGUACCUUCAAGGCGAUUACUAUAUCGCUCCUCUCUUCAUGGAUAAAGUUGUAACCCACAUUGUAAAGAACUACAUGGCUGAUCUUCUCAAUACAAAGGUUCCUUUGAUCCUUGGAAUUUGGGGGGGAAAAGGACAAGGAAAAUCUUUUCAAACUGAACUUAUAUUCCAAGCCAUGGGAAUUGAACCUGUCAUUUUGUCUGCUGGAGAGCUGGAAUCUGAAAGAGCUGGAGAACCAGGAAAAUUGAUACGUGAGCGCUAUAGAACAGCAUCUCAAGUGGUCCAGAACCAAGGCAAGAUGAGCUGCUUGAUGAUCAAUGAUAUUGAUGCUGGCAUUGGUAGAUUUGGAAACACUCAAAUGACUGUCAACAAUCAAAUUGUUGUUGGAACACUGAUGAAUCUGUCAGAUAAUCCUACAAAAGUGAGUAUUGGACAAGAUUGGCGUGACUCAGAUGUCACAAAUAGAAUUCCCAUCAUUUUUACAGGGAAUGACUUUUCAACUCUUUAUGCUCCCUUGAUUCGUGAUGGGAGGAUGGAAAAGUUUUACUGGCAGCCUAACCGUGAAGAUAUUGUCAAUAUUGUGCAUCAAAUGUAUAAGAAAGAUGGCAUUUCUAGGGAUGAUGUUAUCAGAAUAGUGGACAAAUUUCCCAAUCAAGCUUUGGAUUUUUAUGGAGCUCUUAGGUCUCGAACAUAUGACCAGUCAAUCUCAAAGUGGAUUGAUGAGAUUGGAGGCGUUGAAAAACUUGGGGACAAACUUCUCAAACGAAAAAAGAAUGAAAAACUACCCACAUUCACUCCCCCAAAGCAAACGAUAGAGGCUUUACUGGAAUCAGGGUAUUCUCUCCUCAAAGAACAGCAGCUUGUCAUGGAUACUAAACUCUCGAAAGCAUACAUGAAGAACAUUGGUGACUAGAAAGUGAGGCUUUGUUGAAUUUUCGUAACGUUACAGCUUCCGUGUGUUCAAUGCUAUUGACUUUGUGUUUGUUUAAAUGGAACUGUUGAGAUU